AUGACGGACACCGACAAAGCAGGAGAAGGCUGUCGCUAUACGCAGUUCGCCUGUAUUGGCACUGGCUUCUCAGGGAUUGGCCUCGGCGCAACCCUCAAGCGAUGGUACGACAUCAGCGACGUGCAGUUCUUCGAGCGCCACCAAGAUCUCGGUGGUACCUGGUUCGCGAACCGUUACCCAGGCUGCGCAUGCGACAUCCCCAGCGCUUUAUUUUCUCUCUCCUACGAGCCGAACCCGGACUGGUCGAGGGUCCUGCCGCCAUCAGUCGAGCUGUGGGAGUACCUGGACCGUGUCGCAGCCAAAUAUGACUUGCGUCCCCGCAUGACGUUCCGCGCGGAGGUGAAGAAGGCGGAGUGGAUUGAAGAGAGGGCCAGAUGGCGACUGACCGUGGAGAGGUUGGAGAACGGAGACGAGUUCCUCCAUGAGUGCCAGUUCUUGUUCGGCGCGACGGGGCAGCUGGUGCGCCCAAAGAAGCUGGACGUCCCAGGUUUGGAAAGCUUCGAGGGCCGCGUCUCUCAUAGCGCGGAAUGGCCAGAGGAUUUGGACCUGACAGGAAAACGAGUCGUGGUCUUUGGGAACGGUUGCACAGGCGCACAGGUCGUGCCGGCUAUUGUGGGCCAGACGAAGCAUCUGACGCACAUCGUCCGGACCAAGCAUUGGAUCCUCCCAGGCGUCGAUCAGGCGAUCGAUGACAACACCCGGGCGAUCUUGAAGAACCCCAUCAUGGGCAGGCUUUCACGCUUCGCUAUCUUCGCGUUUGCCGAAGAUCAGCUGAGGUAUUUCUAUACGAACUGGGACGGGAACCGAUACCGCAAGAAAGUGACGAAGCAGGCCGAAGACUAUAUGCGCAAGAUGGCGCCAGCCAAGUAUCAUGACAUGCUGAUCCCGGACUUCGAGGUCGGAUGCAGGAGAAGGAUCUUUGACCCGGGCUAUCUGGCGUCUCUUCACGCAGAGAACCUCGAGUUGACGGAUACCGCAGUGGAAAAGAUCGUGGCCGAGGGCGUGAGGCUAGUAGAUGGGCGACUCAUCGAAGCGGAUGUCAUCGUCGCCUGCAAUGGAUUUGAGACGGAAGACUUCAUGUCUCCCAUGGAGGUCAUCGGUGUCAAUGGAGAGACGAUCAAGGACCACUGGGCAAAGUUUGCUGGUCGGCCCGAGGCGUAUAACUGUUCUGUUAUGAGUGGAUUCCCCAACUUCUUUGCUAUCCUGGGACCCAACUCCCUAACUGGUCACACAUCAGCCAUCAUGGCCUCAGAAAACUCCAUCAACUAUGCCCUCAGGGUGAUCAAGCCGCUGUUGGAUGGCCAAGGCACCACAGCAGAGCUGUCGUUUGACGCGGAGCAGAAGUAUGUGUAUAAGAUGCAGGACGCCCUAUCCAAGACAGUGCUAGCAACUGGAUGUGGAAGCUGGUACGUCUCGAAGCUGGACAAUGGUAAAGAGUGGAAUAUGGCAGUCUAUCCUUGGACACAAGGCCAUUAUUGGUGGCGUAGCUUGUUCCCAGUGUGGAGAGACUGGCAGUUCAGAGUAAGUGGUACUCCCCCAACGGCCUUCUUCCAAGUGACGUUAGUAGCGUUGCAUGUUUACUAA